UCUUUAUUCUAUGAUGUCACGCUGUAUAAGCUAGGCAUUGUCUUUAUUCUAUGGCAUUGUCCGGUGAGCUUAAGCGUCAACAAGCUGCGAAGCUGCUUGCGCGAGUGUUGUAACAUUUAAACGUUUCUGUACGCGUCUUAUCGUUGAACGCAAUGUACGAGCCGCUUGUCCCCGCGCACGCAAGCAUUCCGCUCAACCUGCCUCUUUCCGUCAGUAUGGUGAACUUCGAAAGCCCGACCAGAUUCUGGUUACGGCUCGCCUACACCAAGACUCCGUUCAUAAAACACUUCGUGCGUGGCUGCGAGAGACACCUGUACAGCGCUGAGAUAGGGCAGUACUGCGUGGCCGACACAAGGCAUACGGUCGUCGACCUUGCUCGCGCCAUCGUCACCGACGUGUUCCGCAACACGGCCGGAAUGCACGUCUCGGCCGAAGUGCAGUGCAUCGACUACGGCUUGACGCUCGUCCUGGGACUGGACAGGCUCUUCCCGCUCUCUGUCGAAGACGCAAGGACGCCGUGCGGCGCUGUUCUGUGCCGCCUUCACCGUGUAGCGACGUGCACUCGACAGCCGCCACGAUGGCGCCUGCCAGCAAACGUCCAGUUGGAGGCCGUCUUCGUCGGGAUCUCGAACGCGGGUGUGUACCAGACGAGGCUGUUCGCUCUACGCGAAGAAGGGGACGGCACGCUCGCGAAAGUUGACGUGGCCAACGACUUCAUAUGUGCGGGCGAGGCAAUGGAGAUAGGAUACCUUCGGCCGAAAUCGAAUUUUGAUACACUAGUGGUCCAGGCGCAGGAUUUACGUAAUUAAUUUGCAGUCUGAUGUAUAUGUUUCCACGAAUGGGCGCGCUACGGGCGGAUGCAGGUUAGCCUCCAGGGGGUCAUCAAAGCAUGCAGAGGCGUUGGGAGGUGCCGGGCCCGCUGCACGCUAAAUAAUGUCACUACUAAUUGGUUCGUUAUGAGAAAAGGAAAGGCCGGCGCUAUUUUUUUUUUUUUUGCAGCCCUUGAGGGAGCAAAAGAGUAGGGAAGGGCCUCCCCCUUGGAUCCGCCAGUGAGUCGAAAAAUGUCAAAUACCAUGUCCGACUUUUUCCAGAAUUUUCGAAGUUCGAAUUUAUAAUGAUUUUGUUCUGUAAUAAUGCCACAUUUUGUAGUACGCAUGUUGCCAUGUGGUUGCCUGAUUCCUAGGAACGGUGGGACUCUACUGUUACGAAGCUUUAUUCCCACCAUACGCGCCACUUAUGUAUGUUAAUAAACUUCCGUGGUGUAAUACUCUACUCUAGUAUAAGGCCACUGGCCAUGUUAUUAUACACAAUAAAAAAGUAAUUUUAUCUUUUUUCAAUUGUAACAAAAUGUGGUAGGACUCAUUCACACUUGCGACUAGACGAGGUCGCGCGACCAAGUUAGUCGCAACCAGUCGCAAAUGGUCGCUUUUCUCCAAAUGCGACCGUUUUGGGCCAGUCGCUCGCUGCUCGAUUUUUCAGUCGCGCGACCGAAGUCGCAGAACAGCUGAACCACUCAGAUGAGAAGGAACAUGACGUCCGUAAAUGCUGAUGCUUAUUUUACGCGGCGAUGACAUUUCAAGCAGACGUGAACGGCAUAUCGUGAGACAUUUUCGUUUAGCUACUCGUCGGUCGCAUUUGUCAGUGUGAACAUCGUUCGUCUUGAGUAGCUUUCUGGUCGCCAGUCGCAAUCGGUCGCGUGACCUCGCCUAGUCGUGAAUGGGCCCGUAGUCCGUCAAUAUUAAUUCUUUAUGGCUUAUGGUAGGCACAUAUAAAAAAGAAUGCGAACUAGUUUAAAUAUUUCUGAAACAUGCCAAAGAUUCUAUUUCUGAAUUUAUGAAUCCCAGAAGACACUGGAAACGUUGGAAAACUGUACUUCCUAUAUUUCAGCAUGCUGGCUUACCUCUCGGCCUUGCUUCAAAUAAUCUUUCUCUCUUUAUUGCAUUAUGUUAGACAAGAUAAGUCAAGUGCCUUUGUAUAUUCAGAAAGACAUGUGAAAACUGUUGAUUAUGUGGGCAAUGUAAUGUGCAAUAUGGGUGUUAUAGGAGCAACACAGUAGCCAUUUUGUGGAAUCAGCAUGGACAUCCUGUGUUAUUCUGAAGAUGGAAAUGACAGCAAUCACAUAGAAUAUUACGUGUUAUGUGAACAGUUGUCGACAAUGCAGUCCACUCUGAGAUGGAACACUGUGUUAAUUACCUAAAUGAGUGUGGACAUUCUGUGCAAUUAUCAAGAUAGAAAUGACAGCAGUUGUAUAGUAUAUUAUGUGUUACAUGAAUGGUUGUGUACAGUGCAGUCCACUCUGAAAUGGAACACCGUGUUUGUACUCCACCGUUUAUUACAGCCAAAAUAUGGCCCAUCAAGGAUUAUACCCUGUGUAUGUAUAAAUGCGUGGCUGCCUUACGCUUUGUAUAAAACCAUUUCUUUGUUGCUUCUGCAUUACUGUGCUUUUGGAGUUCCCUCUAAGAGUGGGCCAUAUUGUACAGGUUAGCGCUUACUAUUUUUCACACUUCUAUAAAUUUUACUGCAUAACAACUUCUAUUUUUGUCCGUUCAGUUCCUGCACUCCUAGUCAAAUACAUGCACACCGUGCUGUGUGAUGAUUUAGAUACUUUAAAAUGAUACAUAGGAAUAUAUUGAGUUAAGCUAUAAUAUGUUGACAGGCUAACAAGUCAGUUGCAAACAUAGGCAGGAGCUUAGCUUGGCAGAAGGAACACAGAAACCAAACACUGGCAACACCACCUGAAAAUUUCCCACACUAGCUCUUCACGACAUCAUAAAUUUUGGCAGCAUGUGCCUGUGGGCCAGUUAGACAUUUAUUCAUAAUAUAAAUAAUUAUUUGCAUUUGAAAAUGAACAAACUCAAGCUGGCACUAAUUAUACCGGAAUAAAUAUUCCUGCUGUAGAUAUAUGCAUCUUUGUUUGACUAUUUGAUAUUCAAUACUUGUUAUUUGCU